AUGUCCACCCGCCCGUUCGAGCUUGAGGAUUCGCCCGAGCUCCUCUGCAUCGCCUACGUCGCCCAGUCCUUGCUCUCGCAACCCGUAACGACCCAAGCGUGGCCGACGUUUGUCAAGAGGGUUGCCCCGUACCUCCCCCAACUCCUCGACAAGGUCCCCUACGACCACCCACACCGCGAUGCAGCCGUCCGGCUCGUGCAAGGCUUCGUUACCGGCCUCCUUCUCGAUCACCAGACCUCUGUGCGCCGCGGCAGUCCCCUGGAUCACAUACUCGAGUACCUCCCGUCGCUCGUACAUGCCGCGCGUGACGAAUUGGCGAUCUUCGGCCCGCUACUACGCGAUCUCACGGCUCCCGACCGCGAUACCCCGCCCGAGAUCGCCCAAUCUCUUCGUUCCAGCCGCGAGAAUGCCAUUCAAGAUUAUUUGACGAAUAGCAUUUCGCGCGCGGACUUCCUUGACCGCUGGGAUGGUAUUCGGGCCCGCGAAGAGAAGGCCAUAGUCCGGCCGCUCGAGCGGCGUAUUUCCGGGCUCGAGAGCGCCUCGACGAACCCGCCGCCCACCACGCGACCGAACCGGGCUGGCAAAAGCACAAAGCGGAGGGACGCGGCGGCGAACUUGGAUGCCGACCUGGACCGAUACAGUCGCGAUGCGCCCGACAUGGAGAUGGAUGGGCCGUAUUGA